CGAGGAAGCCAGGAUAGAAUAUGCGCGCGGGUGGUGGACUCGUCCUGCGGUAAAAAGGAGAGACUUCCCUUGCGGUAAAAAGGAGAGACUUUGCUUACGUGGAAUCCUGACGUGGGACCGAUGAUACAAAUGUGCGCUUGCAUCUCCACAUAGGACGAGCUUCGAUGAGCUUGCGAGAAAUCCAAAGAUCAGUGCUAAGUGCUAACACGUAUUAUUCAAGAAGAAGAGCGAAAACUGUGCUACAUCGAGCUUGCCAUGUAAUAACGGAAUGUUGCGACGACGUGAAUAGUUUUGUACGCGUUGAAUUCUGCAAAAUGUAGGAACCUAGUGCGGGCGAGAAACACAACCAAACUCGCGGCUCUUGGUGGUUGAAAAUCUCUGAGAAUCCGCCCCUAUUGAUGGUGUCAUCUGUCUCUUUAAAGGUAAUUUCUACUCUCCGUCUAGAAGCACGCGUCGCGGAUCUUAUCAAUAAGAGUUUCUUAUAUAACAGUCUGAAAUAAAUACAUGGCUUGAUUGGAAAAUUUUUAUUUGGCAUAUCGUAUCAGAAUGUUAAAGAACUCGAGAACGGAUCAUUUUUAUAAAUGCUGAUGCAAAAUAUCAAGGAUCUCCGAUUGAUUUAUAGACUCUUUUAAAUCAUCGUCGGUUUCAUUUCAACCAAGCGAAUAUAAAUAUCAUGUUUAUUCGACGUAAUACAUCAGUCAAACACUUUCGCCCGCAUAAGAUGAACAAGCGCGAGUAGAGAAACGAUCGAUUUGUGACCGAUUGAGUAAUCAAUCCAACCGAAGCAGGAUGCCGAAACCAGUGCCGGUGGAGAACCUGGUGAUACCGCCGCAGGAUAGCCGCAUCUGCGGUACGAUCUGCAUCUGCCAAAUGACCUUGGUGCUGUCCUCGGUCGCGUUGGUGUACCUCACAGUCGCGAUCUACAUGCCAUGGGGACGGGCGUACCAAUCGGGCAUCAGCGAGAUACCCGCGAUGUGCACGACGAUUCGCGCGGUGAACGCUGACAAUUGCGAUUGGGGCAGCUGCGGCGAGUGGUGUCUGUCCAAGACAUCCGGGCCGUGUGCGCAGAUUCAUGUGAAUCUACGUAGAAACGGCUCGAGGAUCCUGUUGGCGAACUGUACGAACACGACGAACAAAACGUGCUACGGCAUCGAUCAGGAGAAUGCGAAACGUUACAAAUGCAUCGCGGACGAGUGCCGUAAUCUCACUGGCACCUUCAAUUGCUCCGCGGGCACCUGUAUCAAUAUCACCGACGCUUUCGAGUGUAUGUUCCACGACACCGAUCCGCCACUAAAGUGUUCCGGUCGUCGCGGCAAGAUCACCUGCAUUGAUAUAGACGGUCUGUUUAACUGUAAUCGCGGUACCUGCGAGCGCAUACGUACUCCAUACAAUUGCGACCGCAGAUGCGUCGAUAUCCCGACCAGGAACAAGAAUAUGAUCCUCAUGAGCGGCGACAAGGUGUAUCUAAGCCAAUGCGAGCGAGCGAUAGACGUGCCAACCAAUCGAGAGAUUUGGCACGAGGAUCGCGGUGACGUCAUGAUGGCAUCUUGCUAUGGGAUCUACAAUUCCACGAUGGGUGUAGAGGCAGUGGAUUGCAUCAACGGCUCCGUGCUGGAGAAGGAUCUGCUGACCGAUUUGACCAAUUUCACGUACCUGUCCUACCUGAAUAUAUAUGCCACGAAACCUCUCGACAGUCAGGUUGCGCCGCCGGAACACACUUUGAUCAUCGCCAAUGAAAGCCGAUUGCUUAUCAAUCUCGAGGGAUGUGUGAACACGCUUCGGGACGAGUGCAAGGAAUUUCUUCAUAGGUAUGGGAAGGAUGGAUCCGAUCAUAACGCUCGCGCCAGAUUCCCGUGUUACUACGCGGAGGACAACACCGGCAUUGUCGUGUCACGCUUCGAUCUCGAAACGACCUAUAAAGAGUUCUUAAUCGCCUUAUUGCUGCCGAGUAUCCUGUUCAUCAUCAGCUGUCUCACUCUGAUCUUCUGUCAGAGGACAGUCGUCGUCGGGGACGACGCUAAAAUGAGAUUCAAGGGCAAGCCCGGCACGCUGGUCUCGAUAGAGAGGAGCGCGUCGGGUAACUUAGGGGAUGCUGGCGGAGGAGAUUCUGUUAUGGCGCUCUGAGAUCCGUCACGCAUUCCCCUCCUGGAGGAGAGUCCGGCUCGUCAGUCGAUAUUCUCCCUGCGCGGGCAUUAUUGAGGUGUGGGGAGGGGGGGAACGCGUGAUCAAAAAAAAAUUCUCAUCUUGCAAUUUGUAAAG